UUCUACAGUGCCCCGCGCCACCCGCGCAAUGGGCUCAGAGAUCGCCCAGCUGUUGGAGGCUGCAGACUUCGCGGCUCGAAAGCACAGACACCAGAGACGGAAGGAUCCUGAAGCUACCCCCUACAUCAACCACCCCAUUGGCGUGGCUCGGAUCCUGACCUACGAGGCAGGAGUCACUGACAUUGUGGUAUUACAGGCGGCUCUACUCCAUGACACGGUGGAAGACACAGACACCACCCUGGAUGAGGUUGAGCUGCACUUUGGAACCCAGGUCCGGCGCUUGGUGGAGGAGGUGACAGAUGACAAGACUCUGCCCAAGCUGGAGAGGAAGCGGCUGCAGGUGGAGCAGGCACCACACAGCAGUCCAGGUGCCAAGCUGGUGAAGCUAGCAGACAAGCUGUACAAUCUGAGGGACCUGAACCGCUGCACUCCAGCUGGAUGGUCAGAACAUCAUGUCCAGGAGUACUUCGAGUGGGCAGCCCAGGUGGUAAAGGGACUUCAGGGAACCAACCAGCCACUGGAAGAAGCUCUGAAGCAACUGCUUAAGGAGCGAGGGCUGACACUCUGACAGGUGCCUGCAGCCAUCCCAGAUUCAUGCUCCAGUUCUUUGGUACCUCCUGACCACCCUUCCUCUCUCCUUUACUCAGCCCAGAUGUCAAAGGUUGAAGUCGUGUGCAUUUGCUGAAGGUCUCGCAUCAACUAAAUUAAGCUUUGGAUGUGGGGAUCGGAUGUAUCUCGUCUACUACAACAGUCUUUCUGUUCACUGUUUUGUGUAGUGGGCUUUGUAGCCCCUUAGGGAUUUACCUUGCAUAAACACUGGUUUAUAAGUCAUUAUGAAAAUAAAGCAUUUUGGGUAAAAUGU